AUAAGCAGUGGUUAUAUGAUCAAGAUUGACCAAAGUCUGUCAGAACUCGCUCGGUUGUGUCUUGCAACCUGUCCAAACUUGGCCCAAUAGGCUGCUCUCUCAUUUGUGUUUAAACAGCCAGAAGAGGCAGGGCUGAGAGUUGAGCAGCACUUUAAAGCCAGUCUACAGCCAGCCUCUUCAAAUCAGCCUGAUCAUCUCCACUAUGAUUGUUUCUUUCGUCCUCCUAUGGAUCUGUGUUUUCGUGUUCAUUUCCUGUUUCAAAUGUCAGAGACCCAAGAACUUUCCUCCAGGACCUCCUACAUUACCAAUACUGGGGAACCUGUUGAACCUCAGCCUGAACAAUCCUAUUGGAGACUUUGAGAGGCUGAGGAAAUGCUAUGGAAAUAUCUUCAGUGUUUAUUUUGGAAUAAAACCAGCUGUGAUUAUCAAUGGGGUGCACGCCAUGAAGGAGGCCAUGGUGACUAAGGGUGCUGAUUUUGCAGGACGACCCCAAAACAUAUUAAUCAGUCACCUCACCCACAAAGGAAUGAUUCUGGCAGACUAUGGCACUUGCUGGAAGGAGCAUCGUCGCUUUGCUCUAAUGACCUUGAAAAAUCUUGGUCUGGGGAAGCUGUCCAUGGAGCAGAGGAUUCUGGGAGAGAUACAGUGCACAAUGGAAACACUGGAAAAGAGCAUUGGUACGACCUUGAGUCCACAAGUUAUAUUUCAUAAUGCGGCCUCCAACAUCAUCUGCCAGGUCCUGUUUGGUACACGUUAUGACUAUGAUGACAACUUUAUCAAAGUGGUUGUUCAGUGCUUUCAAGAAAUCUCCAAGAUGGGUAAUGGACGCUGGGCUAUGCUGUAUAACUCUGUUCCCAUGAUUCGAAAACUGCCGUUGCCUUUCAUGAAGGCGUUUAAAAACGUAGAGACUUGUAAGAAACUUAUUUCUCAUCUGAUCACUGAACACAAAGAGACAAGAGUCCCUGGGCAACCACGAGACUUCCUUGACUGCUACCUGGAUGAACUUGAUAAGAGAGGCGAUGAUGGCUCCUCUUUCAGUGAGGAUCGACUCAUCGUGUUUGUUCUGGAGCUUCACUUUGCUGGGACUGACACCACGUCUAACACCUUACUCACUGGCUUCCUUUACCUUAUGACCUACCCACAUAUACAAGAGCGAUGUCAGCAGGAGAUAGACCAGGUGUUGGAAAUGAAGGAUCAUGUCAGUUAUGACGACAGACACAACAUGCCUUACAUGCAGGCAGUGAUCCAUGAAGUCCAAAGGGUCGCCAAUGCUGUCCCUCUUAGUGUCUUCCACCGUACAACAAAUGACACGAAGCUCAUGGGAUAUUUCUUACCCAAGGGUACACUGGUUAUCCAAAACUUGAACUCAGUGCUACAGGAGGAGGGGCAGUGGAAAUUCCCUCAAGAAUUCAACCCUGAAAACUUUCUCAAUGACCAUGGAGAGUUUGUUAAACCAGAGGCCUUCAUGCCUUUCUCUGCAGGUCCUCGUAUGUGUCUUGGAGAGGGUCUGGCUCGUAUGGAGCUCUUCCUUAUUAUGGUGACUCUGCUGAGGAAGUUCAACUUCAUCUGGCCUGAGGAUGCAGGACUGCCAGACUACACCCCUAUCAGUGGGAUGACUCUGUCUCCUAAACCUUACCGCAUGAAGGUCCAGCUCAGGGCCUCACACUUCUCACUCAUCCAGGAGGAACAGUGAAGAUCCAUAUCGAUACAAGUCAUCAGUAAUACUUUGAUAUGUGUGAUUUAUUACUGUGUACAUGGAAGAUAUUUAGGCAGGCUGGCUGUGUGUGUUUUGUGUACUUAGUGUAAACUGCUGAAUUAAUUUUUCAGCCUUUUUUUCUGCAACGUUAUCAUUACACCUUUAUUAAAGAAAGACGGGAUUACAUCUAGUUUGGUGACAUCUAUUUUGAACUCUAGCUCCCUCGAGUGGACAGAAGUGGGUAUU